AUUUUGAAGUUAUUAUUUGUAGUAACAGUUACCCUUUCAUUCUACAACUAUAAUAUCUCAUUCUCAACCAACCCUAUCUCUCUAAUAUCUUUCUUAUCUCAAAAUAUUACUUACUUUGUUGAAUUAUAUUCGUGUGUUCUGUUACAACAAACACCAAAAAAGUUGUUCCAAGUAUUCUUUCUUAGAAAGAGAAAGAAAACAAAAAUGACAGAUCAAGAGCAACCAAAAAAGAUAGAAUCUGAAUCAACAUCGAAUCCUCCACCACCACCUGCUUCAACUGAGACUACUACUACUCCUCUCCCUGAGGCUCCAAAGAAAGAUGUAGCUGAGGAGAAAUCUGUAAUUCCACAAGAUAACAAUCCUCCUCCUCCUCCUCCAGUUGUUGAUGACUCCAAAGCUCUUGUCAUAGUUCAGAAGACUGAUGAAGCUGCUGAAGAGAAACCAAAAGAGGGCGGCUCUAUCGACCGCGAUGCUGUGCUUACAAGAGUUGCAACAGAAAAGAGGCUGUCACUAAUCAAAGCAUGGGAAGAAAGUGAAAAGUCAAAAGCAGAGAACAAAGCUCAGAGAAGACUUUCAACCAUAACAGCAUGGGAGAACAGUAAGAAAGCUGCUAAAGAAGCUGAAUUGAGAAAACUUGAGGAACAACUAGAGAAGAAAAAGGGAGAAUAUGCAGAGAAAUUGAAAAACAAAAUAGCAGCACUUCACAAGGCAGCUGAAGAAAAGAAGGCUAUGAUUGAGGCAAAGAAAGGUGAAGAUUUACUCAAAGCAGAGGAGAUAGCUGCAAAAUACAGGGCAACUGGAACAGCUCCAAAGAAACUCUUUGGUCUUUUCUAAUGCUACAAUGUUCAAGCUUGUGGUCAACAAAAUAUGAUGUGUUAUUAUUACUAUGUGUUUUCUUCAUGUGUGAUUUGGUGUCUUUUUAGUUUAUGUUAAUUUAUUCUGUGUGCAUAGUGAUGUAUAUUUGCUUGUUGUAUAUAUCCAUUACUUUGGGAAUAAAAACAAUUUAACUCUCAUUCAAUUUGUGCAAUAUAAAGUCCUUGUAUUAGACCCAC